AUGGAGUUGUUCGCAUGGGAGGAGGCACUGAAAGAUGCAAUUGUUGUGCCUGACGAUGAAUUCAAGUUUAUCCUGCUGGCCGCAUUGGGAGUCUUUGUUCAUGAAACUACCAGUGACGCGUCCCCGACAAGUCCAAUAGUGUAUGCUCUAUAUCUCCAAGCUGCUCUGGUCCAUGGAUGUGUCGUAAAAAACGUUGUGGUUAAUUGGAAUGACAUCGGCACAUUCACCGAGUACCACAAGAAGUGCUCCACAGUCCAACCCACUGAUUUUUUUGGCACGGUGACUACAUUACGAGGGUUCAUCGCUUCAUCCAAGAGCGUGCAAGGAAAGCAAUUGAUUGAAACCUUUUUGAGAAAGUUCUUCUCUCACUACUACAAGGACAACAACGUCAAGACAGACACAAUCGACUUUCUGCUCAGUUGUGCUGGGAAUGUCGAGAAAGUUUUGGCAUUGUCACUCUAUUUUAUGAGAGCUUUGGUACGAAACCCCACGACAGUCUUGGCCAACUUCAAAAUCGAAGGAAGAGGAUCAGAAGUGGCUCGUUUUUGUGGCUGCACUGAAGUUUUUAGCAGUUUCCCCGUUGAUCCGAAGUACUUCGGUUCCUGGAAAGAGGCAACGAAUGAAUUGCUCCCAACUGCUGCCUUCACAUGUGCUGCGUUGGCUUGCAUCUCACCAGAGUCGUACAACACCGUAAGAAGAUUGUUCGGUCUGAGAUUUGAAUUUUCGUCCAUGGCCAUCAUCAAUAAUGAUCGACUAUAUAACUGUAAGGCAAUAAUUGCCGAACGCGACCAACAGAUCGCCAAUCUCAUAAGUGAACACGAUCAACAACUUAGAGAUCUAAGGGAUGAAAUGGUAGCCAAUGAACGGUCACUACAUGAACUUAUUGUUACUAAUGAAGAAUUAGAAAAUGAAUUAGCAACUCUUCGUCCACAGGCCGCUCAAGAUGUUUAUAAUAUUGUAAAUUGUGCCUACAACAUGAUCACAAAUCCUGUGAUUGUACAGAAUUCCCAAAUUGGAAAGACCGGUUUAACUGUCUUAACACCUAUAAUAUAUGUGGAAAGUGUUUAA